UUAAAAAUAUUAAUUGUAAUAAUGAGGAAAACAACAAAUUUUUUAAAUACUAAUAAUAAUGCAAAUGGAAAUGAUUUUUGUAAUUUUGAUGUUUUUUCAAAUGGAAAUCGUUUUAAGUGGACAUCACCAACUGAUUUGGCAGCAAUGUAUGAAAGUUCAUGUUCAUAUCAAACAGCUUUGGAUUUGAAACGUAUUUCACCACCAAAUGCUGCAACAGCCCAUCAUAUUGUUAAAACCGAAGAUUGUUUAGGUUUAGUUGGACAAUGUUCACCACCAGAUUGGAGUUCAUAUCGUUUUCAUCAAUCGACAUUCGAACAAUUAAAACAGAGUGUUGAAAAAGCAAAAGCAGCAUUACAAGAUCGUACAACAUUUUUUGGUACAUCGAGUGCAUUUAGUGAUAUAUAUGGAGCACCUAGGCUAACUGAUACAUUAGAAUCAGUAACAAAUUUAAAUUCAAGUUCAGGUAACGGUAGUGGUGGUGGAAGUGGUGGUGGUGGCGGUGGUGGUGGUGGUAAUAGUGGUCAUAGUGGUAGUAGCAAUGGUAAUAUUAAUUCAUCAUCUGGUGUAUCAUCUAGUUUAAGUAUUAAUGGAAAUUGUAUAACAACAAUUUCUGGUGGAACAACAUUACAACGAUAUCGUGUUGAUACGCUGCCAACAUCACAGGUUUCAUCAAAUAAUUCAUUAUCAUCAUCAUCGGCGGUAGCAGCCGCGCUAACAACAUCAUUAGAUAAUGUGAUUGAAAAUAAAGGAAGAAUUUCAGACAAAUCAUCAUCAUUAUGUUUAACAAGCUAUGGAUUAAGUGAUAGUUUAAGGACAACGAGUAAAUGUACUUCAGAAUCCUCCUGUUAUACUUGA